AUUCGCGAAUUUCCUUUCGCGAUGUUCGCUGCUGAAAGUCUAUAUAAAACCGUUGCGCUUCGGUGUAGCAAAAGUUACACGUAUGUUUGCCGCUCACCGAUCAAGUUGAGAAAAGAGUAACAGCAGUCGGUGUUAAUUUUCAAUCCAUCGGUAGUACAUUAGCGUGAUUUUAACUGAGUUUUGCAAGCGAGAUCAUUUCGCGCCGAAGUUCAGUUCAUCUGAAAAUUGUGUGUUUUGGCUUCGUUUUAUUCUACCUGCCUUCAAAAUUACACGGCGUGAAAUUAACCAUCCGUGAAAAAAUAGUGCAACUUGCGCAUGCCAACUACACAGUGUAACUCAAUGUUCGUUCUGAAAGUGAAAGUUAAGAACAUGCUAAGCAUGAAGAUCGAAAUCAGAAAUAUCUUUCUGCUGACGGUUGUGACAGCCUUGCUGAAUCUAGGAGCCGCAUCUACCGGUGUGUCAUCCGACAGUUUCCUGAAACUGGAUGAGUUUAACAGUUCGCCAACGCGUCACAACCAUCGACAUCACCCGUCGUCCGAGCAGCAGCAACAACAGCCCCAUAAGGACAACUUCAUACUGAUCGAUUAUCUGAGCGAUGGUGAGGCGGAACGACGCAUCAGUUGGAACGGAAUUGCCGGCAAGGAGACCAGCAUCGGUGACAGUAGUAAAACGCUCAGCUUAUGGCAACUGUCUGACGGUCGAAGUUUCAUCCAAAUGAUCUACACCAGUGACGGCCAGUUGAUGGAUUGUGAGUAUCUUCGGCAGAAAAAAGUGAUCAGAGAAUUUCGCAACCGUUUCUAUGAUGAAAUCGAACAGGCUCGAGCUCGCAACUUCAGCAGCCCGCUGGGGGUUUCAAAAAAUCAUCAUUCACUAAUAUCUGAACAUGAUUUCCGCGAGUUCCUCGAAAAUGGCAUUGUUACUUCUGAGAUGGAAGACUUGCAGUACAACAUCAAAGACUUCAGUACGGGAAAUCAAUCACCGGUGUCGCAGUAUGAUGCUUUCGGAAUGCGGAAUCUGACAUACAAACGGUUGCUAAGCGAAACUGACAUACCGAAGGAUCUAUUGAAACAACUGAACUACCGAAGAUUAAAACAACAGUGCGAUCAACGUCACAUGCAGAUGCGAGAUAUUGCUCAUGGAUUGCAGAGCAGUGAUCCUCAGGAGCAACAGACUGCCGGAGAAUCCCUUCAAAGGCAUAAACGCGCCAUUGCCGAUUGGUUCCUAUCGCCCAAUACCAAGUGGUGCGGCAGAGGUCACUCCGCUGAACGGUACCACCAGCUAGGAGGCGCAUCCCGGGCAGAUAUGUGCUGCCGGCAGCAUGACUACUGUAAAUUAAAUAUACCCGGUAUGGCUACCAAGUGGGAACUGUUCAAUUACCGUCCGUACACGAUUAGCCACUGCAGCUGUGAUCAAAGACAGCGUCGGGAUCUCUCCAGUAUGCUACGAGUGCCGGGUACUAAAUGGUGCGGCAAGGGAUGGAGCGCGCGUAACUACGUAGAAAUGGGCGGACUAUCGAAGGCGGAUCGAUGCUGUCGUCAGCACGAUUUGUCCUGUCCCUUCUGGAUCCUGGGAUUCGAGACCAAGUACGGUGUGUUCAACUGGCGGGUGAAUACGCUGAUGCAUUGUAGCUGUGAUGAGAGGUUCCGCACCUGUCUCAAAAUGGCCGACUCAAGCGACGCCAACAUGGUAGGGAAACUAUUCUUCAACAUUGUGCAGUCCAAAUGUUUUGUUCUAAAGCCCGAAUCGGUCUGCACAAAGUUGUCCUGGUGGGGCAAGUGCGAGAAAAAGGUUCGACGGAAAAGGGCGCAUAUACGUGACAAUAGGAAAUACUAGACGCAGAAACACCCAGUUAGCCCGGAUAAAGCAAUGCUGAUUUCAACGUCACGCGAAAAGUGAUUCGAUCAUAGAAGCCGUUACAGUGGAGCAGUAAUUUUGGUUGAAUCGAAGCCACCCACACGGAAGCAAUCGUGUUGACAACUUGAAAAAAAAAUAACAUCUAACAGAUGACUGCAAGCCGUUAUAAUGCUGUUAUUUAUUGGUUAGAGUGCUAAGUUAAUUUAUUAGUAGCACAAAUUGGUGCCUAUGGCAUCGUAACCACUGACUCCUUAAACAAUGAUUCCUAUUAAUUUGUAAGAAUUGUUGGAAACUAUGAACGUUUCUACAUUUUUGUGUCUUAAGGAAUAUUUAAACUACUAAUCAAAAAAUAAUGAGAGCAAGAUCUACAUUCGUCACUACUGGCAGCAAAAUCUAAUCAGCUUCGAUACUGAUCCAAUAGAUAAUACAAAAUAGCUCUGUUAGAUUGCUGGUACAAAUUCCAUGACAAAAAGGUAAUGUCCAAUUCGUGUUGUAAAUACAUAUUUCUCACCUUUCCUUCUAUUUAUUAUUGUCUAUCUAUUGAAUUAUCUGACUGAUUGGCUAUUUUUCAACAAGCCAAUGAAUAAAACAACUAGAUGCUUUUAAUAUUAUCUACGAUACCACUAAACGCCACUUCAAAUCGCGUACAUAAACCAUAAUCAAAACAAUGAGUGGCGUACUCAUGUUAGUUGUAAAGUUUUGUAAAUAGUACACAGGUAUUUAAAAUAAAUUUUAACAUAUUAGUAAAACACUAGCUUGUUAAGUUAUAGUCUCGAAAAGGUGAUAAUCAAAAAAAUCAGCUGAUAGUAAUUGGUUUGAGUGAGCUUUUUUAUUCGAUUGUCAGAAUGGAUGCUGUGAGGUGCGAGAUCAAACUAUAAAUUAAGCUGUGUUCGAACAACCUAAGUAAAUAAGAUGUGUAUUAGCUGUAAAAUGAUAAUUAUAUAUCACGUUACGUACGCUUUGUUGAGAAGCGAGUUUGUAAAUAAAUCUAUGGAUUUAAUUCAA